CUGCGGCCGGCAACAGGCUUUCAGAACCAGUUCUGAAGUUGAUGCGAAGCAGUGGAGGUUGUUCUGGGCUUGCCUCCUGGUGUGCUUGCACUUACCAGAACUCCAGUAGUUUAUUUGUGAAUGACUUGUGUUGGAAAUAACCCACUUUACAUUACUUAAGUACAAUAGCAUCACUAGACUAAAGUUUUCCUGAUGUCAACCUUCUCAGAGUUAAACAAUGGGCAGAACUUCUUAGCCCAGUGGAUGAGCAAUUCUUCUCGAGCUGGGGUCAUAUUAAAUCGUGAAUUUCCUAUUCUGGAAGCAGACAAAGAGAAGCAAGCAGCCCUGAACAUUUUUACCAGCUUUUCUGUUAAAGCCACAGAUUUCUCAAAUAGCUUCAGCUUUGCAAGUGAAGAAGAUUCACUUGAAGGACAGAAACUGGAUUCCAACAGCCCUUACAAACUCCAAUCAGAUAUGCCCGAAACACAUCCAGUCUUUGUAUUAACCAAAAAGGAGCCCCAGGUUGUGGCAUGUCCAGAUGCUCCAGGACACUGGGAAGGUACCAACAAUGACUUUACCUCAGAGCCUGUCAGUGAUUCCAAAGAAGUGGCUUAUAAAGACCCACUUUUUAAAAAGCUUGAACAGCUGAAAGAGGAACAACAGAAGAAGCAACAGCAACUGAAGAGGCAACAGUUAGAGCAACUGCAGAGACUCAUGGAGGAACAAGAGAAGCUGCUCACUAUGGUGUCUGGGCCACACAAACUGCCAGCUGUAACUCUACUUCCUAAUGAUCAGAACCAAAAGAAUAGACCUCCAGAAAAUCCUACUGCUGUAGAGAAAGCCACAGCUUCUUUACCAUCAUAUAUUUACCAGAAUCAAAACCAAGAAAAGAUGCACUCUUCCAACAUGUUUUUCGAUGAACAGAACAACGUUUGUAGAAUUACUCAUCAAGAUCUUGUCCCAUCUUCAAAAAAUGAUGCAUCUAAUUCAUUUUAUGUGGGAAAACAUCAAGAAACACUUGUGAAAAAUAAUACAAAGGAAGAAAACCAUAACCAUCCUACAGGACAAAGCAUUUUACCAUGUUGGGAGGAAAUGAUGGAGCAGAUGCAAGAAGGGGAUGAUAUGAAUGUAGUAAAAUCUGGUGAUUCUUCAGAAGUGGUUAAUAUUGAAGAAAGGCCUAUUAAAGCUGCUACUAGAGAGAGAAAGCAGACAUUUGAAGACUACUUAGAAGAACAAAUUUGGUUGGAAGAACAAGAACUGAAAAAAAGACAGCUAAGGGAAGCAGAAGGAUCAUUGCUAAUGAAAGCAAAACCUAAACAACCAUUCUUGAAGCGAGGGGAAGGUUUAGCUAGGUUCACCAAUGCCAAAUCUAAGCUUCAGAAAGGGAGAGAAGGCACACUAGCAACUAACAUUUCAGAGGACCAACCUGGGUUUAAAGUAGACAGACAGCAAUUCCAGCGGAAGACUGCUCUUAUAAGUAAAGAACUGUGUAUAGAGAACCCUCCUGUUAAAAAGAACAAUAAAGCUAGAAUGAAGAGUGGCUCUGUCCCAUUUAAUCAGAAGCCAAGAGUACUUAUGAAGAAUAAUAGAAAAAGUCUUUCUCCAUCAGGCUUGAAAAUGCCAAUAGCUAAGAAAUCUGAACGGCAAUUUAGAGGCCAGAUUAAAUCAGAAAAACUUAUUGAAUCUAGUAAUAAAGAAAAUGUACCUGAGUGUACAAAACCUUGUGACAGUAGUUGCAAAGUCUGGAAUACGAUACGAGGUAAAGACAAGCCUCUUCCUGUGGCGACAGGCAGCGGUGUGGCUUCUAAGAGCCGGAUAAGCCAGACUGUGAAAGAGUCAGAGUCUUCUCUGGACCUUUCUCUGCAGAAGAAGUUAGAGAAUUGGGAACGAGAAAAAGAGAAGGAAAAUUUGGAAUUAGAUGAAUUUCUGUUUUUAGAACAAGCUGCUGAUGAAAUCUCAUUUUCCAGUAAUUCCUCUUUUGUACUGAAGAUCUUAGAGAGGGAUCAGCAGAUCUGCAAAGGGCACCGGCUAUCUUCCACCCCUGUCAAAACUGUGCCACAGGAGAACAAGACAUCAGAUCGCACUAAUCAGUGCAAUCAGAAUGCUGAUCGAGACUCUGCUGAGUGUGGAAGUAAGAGUGACUGUAAGGUCACACCCAUACAACUUGAUUCAGUACCCUUAUCUGAUGGAUUGAGGGAACAGUCUCCCAGAGUCAGCAGGAAAGAACCCCAGAUGAGCACUUGUGAAAAUCAAACUGGAUGGAGUGCAAGUGAUGAUGAGGGUGUUAUGAAUAGCGACAGUAGCACUGACUCUGAGGAACAACUUAAUGUUACCAUAAAGCCAGCUGAGGAUAAAGAAAGGGCCUUUAACGGCAGAGAAGAUAGCCCACAAACCUCUGAUGCUAAGGCACCAGUUAGAGACAAUGGUGGGACCCAAGAAGGUAAAAGGAAAGAUGUUGAUCUAGAUUUGUCUGAUAAAGACUACAGUAGUGAUGAAUCUAUUAUAACAGAAAGCUUGAAAAACAAGAUUUCACAGUCCUCAAGAACAUCUUUAUCGGUAAGUACCAACAAUAUUGACUUUGAUGAUGAAAGAACUUGGACUGACCUGGAAGAAAGUUCUUUUAAGAGUGAUGUUAUUCUUGGAAAUGAAGCCAUUUAUGGCACUCUUCAGACAACCCACCCUAAGAAAAGUGAGCUGUGUGUGCCAGAUAAAACAAUAAAGAGGAAGGUUGCACCAGUCAAGAAGGGAGAAGACUUGAGCAGAUUCAGUAGGAGCACCAGUCCUCCUCCUCCAUCAGAGCUGAUGAUGAAGUAUUUCCCUUCUUUGAAACCCAAACCAAGAUCAGAUUCACACUUGGGAAAUGAAUCCAAGUUAAAUACAAGUGAAGACCAACCACCUGGUGACAGUGCUCGAUCUCAAGUUUUGAGAGAGAAAGUUAUUGAAUUGGAGACAGAAAUAGAAAAAUUUAAAUUUGAAAACACAGCUUUAGCUAAACUUCGCACUGAACAAGAAAACUGUAUGGAAAAACUCAGGAAAGAAAUUGCAGACUUUGAACAACAGAAAGCAAAGGAGUUGACUCGAAUAGAAGAGUUUAAAAGGGAAGAAAUGAGAAAGCUACAAAAGGAACGCAAAGUUUUUGAAAAGUAUACUGCAAUUGCAAGAGCUUUUCCAGAUAAAAAGGAACGUGGAGAAAUACAGUCUUUGAAACAGCAGAUAGCAGAUUUACAGGAAGAAUUGAAAAGAAAGGAAGCAAAAUGGUCAAGUACACAUGGUCGUCUUAGAAGCCAGAUUGAAAUGCUGGUCAAAGAGAACACAGACCUCCGGGAAGAAAUCAAAGUGAUGGAAAGAUUCCGACUAGAUGCCUGGAAGAGAGCAGAAGCUACUGAGAAUAGCACCAAGAACUCUUCAGUUCGCUUUCAAAGCAGUCAGAGUUCUUCAGGAACCCAGGUAGAAAAAUACAAGAGGAAUUAUUUGCCAUCACAAGAUAAGCUACCUCGAAAAUCCAAACCUGUGCCUUCUCGGGAUUUGGGAAGUUUGGAUAAAGGGCAGAUUGCCUCACCCAGGGAGCCCCCAGAACCAGCUGACUUCCCAGAUCGAGACUACAAAGAUGAUGAUGAAAAAGAGGACGAAGAAGAAGAAAUUCAGGGAGAAAUCAGUUAUCCUGAUGGAAAGAUAGAGAAGGUUUAUACGAAUGGGUGUCAUGUCAUACUGUUUCCAAAUGGCACUCAGAAAGCAGUGAGCGCAGACAAGAGGAGUGUCACCGUCACCUUCUUUAAUGGUGAUGUGAAGCGGGUCCUGCCGGAUGAAAGUGUGAUCUACUACUACGCAGCAGCACAGACCACUCACACCACCUACCCUGAAGGGCUGGAGGUCCUGCACUUCUCAAGUGGACAAAUAGAAAAGCAUUUCCCAGAUGGAAGGAAGGAAAUCACAUUUCCUGAUCAGACGAUCAAAAACAUAUUUGCCGAUGGACAAGAAGAAAGCAUUUUCCCAGAUGGUACAAUUGUCCGAGUACAACGAGAUGGCAACAAAAUCAUAGAAUUUAACAAUGGCCAACGAGAACUCCAUACUGCUCAGUUCAAAAGAAGGGAAUACCCAGAUGGUACUGUUAAAACUGUAUAUGCAAAUGGUCAUCAGGAAACAAAAUACACAUCAGGCAGAGUAAGAGUUAAAGACAAAGAUGGUAAAGUUCUAAUGGACACAAAGCUGUAAUGUGCCUUGACCCUAAUCAUGAAAUAACACUAACUUGAUUUUCUUGGUAAAAGAAUGUACAUUUCUUGUGGAUUCUGUUUAAUUUAUACAUACUGUGUGAAUGUUCAUGUAUAUGUGCAUACAAAUGGAAGAUUGGAUCUAAAAUAAAAUUUUAUAGCCUUUUAA